AUGUGGCGAAUGCUGUUGUUACUGGUGGCAGCGACCGCGCGUUCCAAGCAAUUGCCGUCCACUACAGAACUAUCGACAACGGUGGGUUCAGCGACGGAAGCGAAUACGACACCUUGGCCUGGCUCUGUGGCUCCCCUCGACACCAUAACAGUGGCCUGUGAGAAGGACAGCAUGCAUGUCACCGUGGGACUAGCUAAAUCACUCUCAAACACGUACGACCGUUUUAAUGGGAUCGUAUACCCAGCUGGUCUGGGCAGCAACUCCACCUGCCUUCGGGAGUAUGUCUCUGAGGAGGGAGAUUUGCAGUACACCCUCCCACUCCGGGGGUGUAACACCAUGUCUAAUGAUAACGAGGACGGUACAGUAGAAUAUUUCAACAACAUAAUAGUCCAGCCCCAUCUCCGACUGGUGACAGGGCAGGGUCGAGGGUACCACGUCCUCUGCAGAUACAGGCGAAGAGAUCUCACGCACUUCCAUCUAUACAGGCCGAGAGCAGACCGACUAACAAACUCGCUAAGUGAUGACUUGAAUGACAAUAAUGAAUACGAUGAAGACUCAGGACUGUUACCAUCCGUAUCGAUGAAGAUUUACAAAGGGGACCCUGAAGAUAAACAAGUGGCGUCCAAUGUACGUAUUGGUGACACCCUGACUUUGGUGGUAUCGUUAGAGAAGCAGCGGCAGUUUGGUCUCCUGGUCUCGGAAUGUUCCGUGAGAGACGGGUUGGGCUGGGCCGAACAGAGCUUGAUCGCUGAUGACGGGUGCCCGUUAGAUGGAGAGAUAAUGGGCAUGUUCCAGUAUUCGAGCGACAAACAAACCGCACGCGUGUCUUUCCCAGCCCACAAAUUCCCUUACACUGCCAGCGUUUACUACACCUGCGAAGUCAAGCUUUGUGACUUGAAUCAUCCAACAGAUUGCGAACCUUGUUCGCACAAACGUCGUGUGCGUCGUGACGAUGAAGGCUCGCCUGCGACUGUCGAGGUAUUCAAAGGAUUGUACGUCAAUGAAGCUGACUCGCCUGAUGGUGACGAAGUGACCAGCGAGAAGAAGGACGACGAAAUCUGCAUAUCAUCAAGGAACUUCGCAAUCGGCAUUAGCAUAGCGGGCAUCAUCCUAAUGAUCUGCGUCAUAGCAGCCAUUGCCUUUAUACUGGCGAGAAGGCGUAGCCCUAAGACGUACUCCAGAACCGGCAGCUCGUUAUACAGCGGGCCUUACACGAACACUGGAUACUCGCAUACAAGUUAA